UUUUUCCUCCAAAAAAUAGUCCUUAUCCCUCAAAAAUGGUCCUUUUUUCCCCCCCUUUUCCUGAUAAAAAAUGGCCGUCUUGGGGCCGUGACCUCCUGGUGACCCCGCUGACCUCUCCGUGACCUCACUGCCUUCUUGGUUCCUUCGCAGCGGCCAUCUUGGCGUCGUGACCUCACGGCGACCCCACAGGCCUUGUGACCUCGUGGUGGCCAUCUUGGCGUCAUGACCUCUGGGUGACCUUGCCGACCUCUCGCCGCCCCCCUUGGCGGCCAUCUUGGUGUUGCGUCUUCAUAGCCUCCCGGUGACCUUUGUGGUGACCUCGUUGUGACCCCCGUGGUGGCCAUGUUGGCGUCAUGACCUCCUGGUGACCUUGCUGCUGCCGUGGCGGCCAUGUUGGUGUCGUGACCUCUGGGUUACCACGCUGACCUCUCGCUGCCUCUGUGGUGGCCAUGUUGGUGUCAUGACCUCUUGGUGACCCCAGUGACCUCACUAUCCCCGUGGUGGUCAUAUUGGUGUCAUGACCUCCUGGUGACCCCGUGGUGGCCAUGUUGGUGUGCUGACCUCAUGGUGACCUCCUGGUGACCUCGCUGCUCCCGUUGGUAUCAUGUUGGUAUCAUGACCUCCUGGUGACCCCGUGGUGGCCAUGUUGGUGUGGUGACCUCAUGGUGACCUCCUGGUGACCUCACUGCCCCCGUUGGUAUCAUGUUGGUAUCAUGACCUCCUGGUGACCCCGUGGUGGCCAUGUUGGUGUGGUGACCUCAUGGUGACCUCCUGGUGACCUCGCUGCCCUCGUUGGUAUCAUGUUGAUAUCAUGACCUCCUGGUGACCCCGUGGUGGCCAUGUUGGCGUGCUGACCUCACGGUGACCUCGUGGUGCCUGCCGUCGGCCAUGUCGUCGUCGUCGUCGAGCCCGGAGCCGCCAUCACCGUCCAGCUCUCGCCCCCCUGGCAGCAGCGCCAGCCCCUCCCCCUCGGCUGAGGCCCUGCCCCCUCCUGCAGGCCCCGCCCUCCGCGGGGGGGACCCCGGCCCUCCCCGAGACCUCGCGCUCUUUGAGGAGGAGUUGGCCACGCGCCCCCGCGUUCCGGCCGUGCUGCGCCGCAUGGCGCCCUACAGCGCCCUGAGCCCCGGCAGCGACCGCGGCCCCGGCCGAGCGUCGGGUGCGCUGCGGGCGGUGGCGCUGCCGGCGCUGCAGACGCCGCUGGGAUUGGUGCUGGUGCUGCGGCUGCCGUGGGUGGUGGGAACGGGGGGGCUGCUGCAGGCGGGGGCCAUCGCCCUGCUGCUGGGUGCCUGCACCGCGCUGACCUCAGUGUCGCUGAGUGCUGUGGCCACCAACGGCCCCGACCCUGGGGGAUGCCCUCUGUCGCUGCUGUCGGGGGCGCUGGGCCCCGAGGCCGGGGGCGCCGUGGGGCUUUGCGCCUUCCUGAGCGCCGCCUUCGCCGCAGCCACCGCCGCCCUGGGUGCCGCCGAGCUGCUCAUGGUGUGCGUGGGGCCCCGAGGCGCGGUGCAGCCGGGCCGUGGGCGCUGGUGGCGGCUCAACGCCGGGCGCGGGCUCGGGGCGGCGGUGCUGGCCCUGCUGGCCCUGGCGGCCGCUUGCCCCCACGCUGAGCCCGUGGCCGCCCCGGCUAGCCCGGCUGGGCUAACGCUAGCCCUCCUGGGGCUAGCAGCUGGCGCCGUGCGGAACGCCUUCGCCAGCCACGCGCUCUGCUUGCCCAGCAGACCUGGUGGCCACCUGGAGCCCUGUGUGGGCAACGGAUCGCAGCGGAACAGGCCGGCCUUCCCUGGGCCCAGCGCACACCUGCUGCAGCAGAACCUGUGGCCCCGCCCCCCCGAGGAGGAGGACGAGGAUUGGUCCUUUGGGGCCCUCGUGGGGCUGAGCCUCCUGAGCGCCGCGGGGCCGCUGUGGGGCUGUGGGCGUUGGGGGGCCCUCGGGGACGCCCCCCGAUCAGUGGCCGCCGGGAGCCUCGGAGCCGCCGCCACCACCACCGGCGCCUUCGCGCUGGCGGCGCUGGCGCUGGGGGGCAGCGUGGAGGGGCGGCUGCUGCGCGCCAGGUGGUCGCGGGGCCCGUGGGGCGCGUGGUGGCCGGGGCCGUGGGUGCCGGCGCUGUCGGGGCUGACGUCGGGGGCGGCCGUGGGGCUGACGGCGCUGGCGGGGGGCGCGCGGCUGCUGCGGGGGCUGGCGAGGAGCCGCGCCCUGCCCCUGCCCCACGCCCUGGGCUCGGGACGCCUUUGGCCGCUGGCGGCCACAUCGGCGAUGGCGGCGCUCGGCGUCCUCCUCGGCUCUUUGGACCUGGUGGCGCCCGUCCUGUCGGUGUUCUGCCUCACCUCCUACCUGGGUCUGAACUUGGCCUGCGCCCUGCAGGGGCUCCUGCCCACGCCGGGAUGGGCCCCGCGCUGCCGCCUCUACCACUGGGCGCUGUCGCUGGCGGGGGCCGCGCUGUGCCUGGCGCUGGCGCCGCUGCCGUGCUGGCCCUGCGCCCUCCUCGCCCUCGGCAUCGGCGCCACCGCCUACAAAUACCUCGAGUACCGCGGGGCGCAGAGCGAGUGGGGCGAGGGCCUGCGCGGGCUCUUCCUCAGCGCCGCCCGCUUCGCCCUCCUGCGCCUGGAGGACGGCGAACCGCCCGCGCCCUCCUGGAGGCCGCAGCUGCUGGUGCUGGUGAAGCUGGACGCUGCGCUGCGCCCCACGCAGCCCCAGUUGCUGGCACUGGCCGCCCAGUUACAAACUGGGAAGGGGCUGACGGUACUGGGAUCGGUGCUGCCCGGUGAGCUGCCCGGCGACCUGCCCCGCGCCCGCCACGCCGAGACGGCCCUGCGGGAGGCGCUGGCGGCCGAGGGCGCCCGUGGCUUUGUGCAGGUGCUGGUGGGGCCGGGGGGUGCCCGGGGGUUCCCCAAAGAGUUGGGGUCCCUGGUGCAGGGCUGCGGGCUCGGGGCGCUGCGCCCCAACGCCGUCCUACUGGGCUGGCCCCGACGGGAGCCCCCCCACGCCCGGGCCUUUGUUGAGCUGCUGCGGGUGUCGGGGGCCGGCGGGCGAGCCGUGCUGGUGGCCAAGGGGCCGCUGGAACUGGGGGUGCAGGGGGGCACCCUGGACGUCUGGUGGGUGGUGGGCGACGGGCGGCUGCUCACCCUAUUGCCUCUGCUGCUGCGGCGACACCCGUCGUGGCGCGGCAGCCGGGUUCGUCUCUUCGCGGUGGCAUCGCUGCGCGAGAACAGCCUGGGGCUGCGGCGGCUGCUGGAGGCCGAGGCGCGGCGCAGGGGGCUGCAGGCGCAGGCGCACGUCGUCGAGCUGGAUGACAGCGACGUCUCAGCCGAUGCCUACGAGCGAACGCUGAUGAUGGAGCAGCGCGCCCAGAUGCUGCGGCAGAUGCAGCUGGCCAGGGCGGCCCAGGGAGGGCCCCCCCCUUCGGUGGCCCCGAGUGCGGCCGAAGAGGAGGAUGAGGAGGAGGAAGGGCCCCUCCGGGGUCCCAGUCUGGGCAACGUGCGGCGCAUGCACGCGGCGCAGCGGCUGAACGCGGCCGUGGGGCAGCACUCGGGGGGGGCACGACUGGUGCUGCUCGACCUCCCCCCACCCCCCCCGCGGCGGCGGCCAGAGUCCUACCUGGAGUUCCUGGAGGUGCUGACGGAGGGCCUGGGGCCGGUGCUGCUGGUGCGGGGCGGGGACGACACCAGUAUGGACCAGUAUGGACCAGUACAGACCAGUACCACACCCGUAUGAGCCCUGCUCGUCAAGGCCUGGCCCAGUAUGGACCAGUACAGACCAGUACAGACCAGUAUGACACCAGUCUGAGCCCUCGCUCUUCAAGGACAAGCCCGGCUGCGGCUGGCGCUGGCGGCCUCGUGGCUGGCGCUGCGGCGUCGCCGUCGGUCGCAUUUCCCGCAGGCGCUGCAGCUCUUGGAGGCGGUGACGGCGGCGGCGCCGCGGCUGCUGCGGGAACGGCACCGCGCCCGCCUG